UUUCAAUAUAAGCUUUAUUUUUUUUAUCAACUUGUUUGCCUUUUUGGUUCUAUAAAUUCUGCGCUUCAAGCAGCGCGAAUCCCCUCCCACUUUUCUUCUUCUUCUUUCUUACCACACUUUUUAGAUAUUUAUUAUAUACCUUAAUGGUUCCGUGAGAGCUCUGCCUCUGUACCGUAUUAAGCCUUUCUUCUACAUGUUCUCUCUCAGUUAUGAUUGAUUGAGCUUCAGCUCCUGAUUUCUUGAUCCCUUCUGAGCAUCAACACCAUUUUUUUUUUUUAUAUAUUUAUUUCCAAGCUCAUCUUAAAUGCCCAACAUCUUGUUCUUGAUGUUUGAGAUUCAUGUAUCAAAUUCUCAGUGAAAUAUUAUUUUCUGGGUGUAUGAUCAAUUCCACUGUUAGACGCAGGACCCAUCUAGUUCAAUCCUUCUCAGUUGUUUUCCUUUACUGGCUCUACUACGUUUCAUGAUUUCUAACCCUCUCCUAGUUUCUGAUUAUUAAAGUAUAUUAUUAUUACUAUUAUUAUCUGCAAUAUUUUUCUGGUUUUGUGUUUAGUCUAGUGUCUGGGUCCUGCGAACAAGUGUCCAUCUUCUUUGUUAAACUUUUGAAUAAUUUUAAGCUUGUAUCGGUCUCUCUCACAUGGCUUCCUCAAGUGGAACAUCUUCAGGAUCAUCUCUGCUUCAAAACUCUGGUUCAGAGGAGGACUUGCAGGCGUUGAUGGAUCAGAGGAAGAGGAAGAGAAUGAUAUCAAACCGUGAAUCUGCAAGGCGAUCUCGAAUGAGGAAACAGAAGCACUUGGAUGAUCUUGCUUCUCAGGUGGCUCAGCUCAGGAACGAGACUCACCAGAUACUCACAUCCCUCAACCUCACUACCCAACAGUACUUGACUAUUGAGGCUGAAAACUCAGUUCUGAGAGCUCAAGUGGGUGAGCUAAGCCACAGGCUAGGGUCUUUGAACGAAAUUAUCGACCUCUUCAAUGCCACCAAUGGGUUUUUUGGUUCUUCUGCAGGGGCACCAAGCUCCUUCAAUGAGCCCCCCAAUAGCUUCUUCAACCCUUUAAAUAUGGCCUAUGUGAACCAACCAAUCAUGGCUUCUGCAGACAUGUUGCUGUACUGAGAUGAGAUCUAUUGGGCUUUCUGGAUUUUAGAUAGAGAGAGAAAAGAGGGGUAUUGUACUAUUAUUGUUGAUUUCUUUUAGGUUUGAGUCUGUUGAGAAAUUGUAAUCAGUGUCAUAUAUGCCAGAUAGUGUGUGAUGGAAUAAUCAUGAAUGUGUAUUGUAUCAUAAAGCGGGUAAGCUUGUUGGGUGCUGGUUCUGUAAAUGGGCCCUUGUAGUGUUCAGAGAUCGGUCUAUUAAGGUUGUGUGAUUUGAGCCACUAUUAUGAUGUAACUCUCCUUUGCUAUAUUAUAAUAAUAUUG